GAACGGAAACCUGCAGGUGUUGACUGGCAGGUUGUGUAGCCGGUUACGCAACAGCUCGCGAGUUAACGCCGCCCUCAGGUGUGGACGGUGCGCGUCGAGUGAGACACAUUUUAACUUCCGAAGUGUAAUCUUACGAAAAAGGUCUUCAAAUCUACUGCACAUGAAUUGGGAGAUUUAGGCUAAUACGUAGGAACUGAGGCUGUUUAAAUGUUUUAUCACAUGAAUCGGAUAUGGGUGCUGCUUCUUCUGGGCGGAUUCUGGGAUUCAGGGGUGCGUCAUGUUUGUGGGAUAGAUAUUUACACUCCAAGUGAAGUGGAAGCAGUCAAUGGGACCAGUGUGAAACUGAAGUGCACCUUCCGUUCUAAUGUCAGGGUGUCCUCUCAGUCAGUCACAGUGUCAUGGAACUUCCGACCUCUUAAUUCAGGAGCCGAUGAGUCGGUGUUUUACUACCAGGAGGUUCCAUACCCUCCACAGGAAGGGCGGUUUAAAGGCCAUGCUGUGUGGUCAGGAGAUGUUUUGAAACAGGAUGCCUCCAUCACCCUGCAUGAGGUGCCUCCGACUUUUAAUGGUACCUACAUCUGCCAGGUGCGCAACCGUCCAGAUGUGCAUGGCCAAAAUGGAGAGAUCAUCCUCAAAGUGGUCAAUAAAGUGUCCCUCUCUGAGCUCAACAUCCUGGUGGCUGCAGUUGGAGGUGCCUGCGGUGUAAUCCUGAUCCUCCUUGGUAUUUUUGUGGCAAUAAGGUUCUUCAAGAAAAAGCGAAUGGAAAAUGACAUUGAGAUGCACCCAGGAGAGUACGACAAGGGCCCAGAUGUGUGGUGAGGGCCAGAGAACCAGAGCCCCUGUGCUCCUCUUCCUCUUGGGACUGAUAUGGAGUCUGGUUCACUGUUGGGUCCUUUCUCCUGGAAGAAAAAAAUGGAAGGCAUGUUUGCUCCUCCGAUGUGAACCUUUCAGAUAUUACUGUAGUUUAUUUCGGCUACUUCAUUAUUAGAGAUGUAAGACACUGUCCUUCCAAUUUGUUCUUAUGCAAAAUAUGCACACUUUUUUAUGUUUUCACAAAAAAGCACCUACUAAAUUAAUUUUACCAGAUUUUUUAAAUAGUUAGACUAAGAUGUGUAAAUAUGGAUGUACUUUUCUAAUUGUGACUUGGAACUUUAACAAUGAUUCACAGCAGCAGUGCUUAUUGAAUCAAGGAGGUUGUCUUUCCAUUUUCUAUAUCAAUUUACCUUUUCAUCAUAUAACCACAAAUCAGUCACCAAAAUGUGAUUUUUUUUUUUUCUUCAUGUUGGAGCUUUCUAGCUGUGUCUAGUGAGUCAUUUUUUCAGGGGAAUGUCUUUCCUGUUUUCUGUGAGCAGCACCGGCUCUAACAACUGAUGCUUUACAGUAUGGACUGCUCUUUGAAAAAGUGGAAAAGUGCCAUUUUGAUCCAAAAGAUAGAACCAUUGUUUUUUCUUUAUUCAUAAUUUUCAUUAUUUUAAGCAGUAGGUGUUUGCUGAGGUAAACCGGAGCCUCUUGUUAAAUAUCUGCAUUGUUCAUGUGUACAUGUCCACAAACAGCCCAUCUCACUGUUUGUGUUUGUGACUGAAUGGGAUUAGCAGCAGUUGCGUCAGUUCACCUGCAGAGGCGGCUCAUCUCAUAAGUCUGAAAGUUCAGAUGAAUGAUGAAGAGUCAGAGCUGUGAUGAUGAUGAUGAUCCUAAUGAUGAUGAUGAUGAUGAUGAUUAGACUGACAUAUGGUUUAGCCAGUGCCUCAAGCAGAAAACAUUUGGAAAGCUCACAUCUUUCUAUCUCUAUUCAAAUAUAUAAUAGUUGUUGGAAAAAUCCAACACCAACUCAAGUGCCUGCACAAAACUGUUCCAGAUUUACACCGUCUCCCUCGAUAACAUAUAUAUGGAAAUAAUCUUUUUAUUGUACAAGCUGUGGACUGCCCCUUAAAUGUUUGGCUUUUAGCAAUGCUGAUUGAUAAAUGUGAGUGUUGCUUGUUAUGCUGCGUCACUGAAGAAUUGUGCUACUUUUGCUCAAUUUCCACUCAAUGCUGAAUAUUUAUUUCCCUGUAUCAGUGUUCUUUAAGUCAUGAGUUUUAAUGAUGCAUAAAUUGAUUUUUAUAGAUUUUUUAAAGAGCAAAUUCUGUUUAAUUUAGCUCUCUACAAACACCUCCUUUUACCAGUGUAAAUGGUGUUUUUCUUUCUGUGCUAAAACCACACCUGACAUUUCUCCUGUUCAUUUCCUAUAAGUAUUAGCUGACAGUAAACAAUGCAGGACUUUAAAAAAUUUAAGGAUAUAUAUAUGUUUGCUCAAGUUUUGGAUACAUCUGUAACUUAAAACAAAGGUCUCUUAUUUUUAGUUUUUGCAAAGUUAAGCAUUGAAUGAGUGAUUAACAAGUUUAAUCCACUGGCAACACAAGUGAUUGCACAAGUGAGUUUUAUAUUAAGAUUUGUGUAUAUAGUGUAAAAAGGAGGAGCUUUACAUUUAUGUUAAAUAAUGAAAUGUACACUUUUUAGCAGUUUUGAAAUAAAGAAUUACUUUUUUUAAGUCA